AUGAGCGAAGUGGAUAUCAAUCAAAUAAUAAGUGAAAUUUUUUCCCGGCCUGCUUUGUGGGACCAAAAAAACAAAUUGUAUCACAAUCGUGUUUGUGUGGAAAAACUGUGGACAUCGGUUGUAGCAGAAAUAAAAGUACCAAAGGAAGAUUUGAAGAAAAAAUGGAAAUAUUUGCGCGACCAAUUCCGGAGUGAACUGAGGAAGUUUCCAACACCAAAGUCUGGUGAUGCUGAUGACACUGCAUCACAAAUCACUUCAACUUGGCCAUACUUCCAGUCUCUCCUUUUUUUAAAGGAUCAGAUGAAAUAUAGAAAUUUAAGUGGAAAUUUAAAGCCAGGGAAAUUUAAGAAAAGUCAGGUGGAGGAGUAUGAAAAUGAAGACGUCCACAACACAUCACAAUUUGAGGAAAGUGAGGAAAUGUAUGAAAGCUUUGAAACAAACCCUGAAUCAUGCCCAAAGAGGAAACGGACUGCGAACAGCAGCAGUGCCGAACUGUUAGAAAUAGAAAAAAAAAUUACUUUUGCUUGAAAAAAGAAAUUCAGAAAAAAAAACAGUCUUGGACGAAGAUGAGGCCUUUUUUUUAACAUUACUGCCGCAUAUUCGGAAAUUGGAGCCGGAAAAAAAAUGUUUAUCCAGGAUGGAAAUGCAGAAUACACAGAACUGUGCAACGAACGCUCACGCUAUGAAACAAUUUUCUCUCCAAUUAGCACCUCCUCUGAGAACGUGUACUCAAUUGAUUUGAGCACAUCAGGACAUUUUCAGUCCAGCACAUUUGUGCCAAUUGAAAUCACAAAUGAACCAACCACUUCAUCAUUUGCCUCCAUACAAAUUGGAAGUGAGCCAUUAUUGGACCAAAUACAAACAGCAAAAAAGACGCCAAUUUAUUACACUGACUCGAUACAUAAAUAGUUUUUUAUAAAUACAAAUUAUUACAUGAAAUAUAAUUGAAUUAAACAAAGUAUUAAAGAAUUAUUUUACCUCAGAGUCACUAUCAAUCUUUCGCAAGAAGUUACUGGCACCUUAUUAAAAUUUGUCCAGUUCUUGUUUAGUUUCACACCUAUCUUGUCCAGAAUGUAAUCAAAUGUUUCAAUUUUCAUUCGGGUAUAUUGUUGAAAUUUAGCUGGAUAUUUUCUUAAAUCAUUAUAUAAAUGAUGAAAUUCACCAAAUUCAUUCCUUUUUACUGUAAUUGGAUGUUUUCCAAACUCUUUUGUGUUAAUAAUUGCAUUAAGCAAAAUACUCUUCAUCAGAUGAAUCCAUUACCGUGUACAGCAAUUUUAUUAACACAAAUGAACAACAAAAUUAAAUGACAUAAGAGCAAAACACAUGGAAUAAACAGAAUUUCAGCGCUGAUUCUCGCAUUCACUGUGUUAUAUACAAAUUUUCUUCUCGCAUGAAAAUAAGC